AUGCCGUCACCUUUGCGCCCGACCCGAAGGACGUCGCCGUCGCCACCACAAGUCACAAACCAAUGCACGUGCGCCGUCGAGAGGGCGUCAGACGCCGACUGCAGCGACGCGGGACGCAGUGGCAGAAGCAGUGACGCGACCAGUGCACAGAGCUCCACGCGGUCGUCUCACUUCCCUGUCACCGCAGCAGUCGCACUGGAAAACGAGCGCCAAUCGCUGUCGCAGCUGCAGCGCUGUCGCGACUCGUGGCCGCCGUCUCGAGCGCUGCACAAUGCGGAGGCGCUCCGACAGACACUUGUGCUGGACAAUGUCUUUUGCAGCUGCUACGACGUCGAUACGGUGCUGAGCGCUGUGCAGCGGCGAGACGACUGCGGCCGCUUUUCGCCCGUGCAGAAGCUGCUGCUGGAACCCCAAUCGAUCCAACAGGUGUUUACCUACGCCACGUCCCGUUGCAACGUGCUGUCCAGAGCGGAGGAAAAGGAACAACUCACCCAACCGCAAACACAAGACGAACGAGGGCAAAAGACCGGUACAGUCGACAGCUACCGCCGGGCGUUCGUUGCUACGAAGAUCGUGCUUGGGUUUUACCGGAAAGCUGUGGCGUGGUACGGUGAGCCGAAAGGUGAAUGGCCGGACAACGGGGUAGAUACAGAGGUGGAAGCAGAUGCAGAGCACGAGUCGGCAUUGCGGCCCGCAAGUGUGGAGGCAAUCGAACGCGCGCUGUCGUUGACGCGACCGCGACCAGGUCCUGUAGCCACGUCGAUUGACUUUCGAAAUAGUACGUCGACGCGGAAAAUGGCGAGGGUCCAGCGUUUACGAGCGAGCAUGAGGUUUGAAAGUUCGGGCAGCAGCGUCUCGGAUUUUAGUGUGAAUGGCGACGAGGAUGAAGACUUGUUGGACGACCCAAGUGCACGUGGGUACGUGCUGCGCCUUGAAGAUUUGACUGUGAUGGCGUGGAAAAGAAUUUUUGGCGGUUUGUUCCAGUUUCUUCAGCCAAGAGAGAACAAUGAUGGCGAGGAAGGUGUAGGGCACUACUGCAGAGUAGAUGAUGGCGCGGAAGUUGACGGGAUCUUGGUGGCCAAUCUGUGCAAGAUCGUCAAGCAUUUCGUCAUUUUUCCCGCAGUGCACAGACUAAUUUGUGACGAGGAUGAAGCAGACGAGAAAGAGUGGUUGCUGGCGUGUUUAGCAGCGCAUGUGUACAACCCGAAUAUUGCCUCACUGUUGCAUGGAUUGAUCCACCUCUCAGUCCGUCGAGGUUUUGACUGUUUUCCGAUCAUAAGCUGCCUGGUCGAGCAGAUUGUGGAGCAAGUACCCAUUCGAAUGAGCAGAUCGUUAUCCUCUGUGUCGUCAACGUCAACGGUCUCGUCUACACCGUCAGCAUCUCCUCGCUUGUCAUUACGUGGGUCGCCAGCUACAUCGUCACCGUCAUUUUUUCCAUCCAAGACCACACCACUGUCUUCAGCGUUGUUUACUACGAACACAGCGUCUACAGCUCAUGUAAGAAUAAGUGGAAGUGUAGAAAUUUUGUCGAAAAUCUUGAAAGACGAGUUUCCGAAUACGUUUCGGUACUACACUCAAACGAAAGUCCAGCUCGCGUCAUUUGAAAGCGUCGAGCCGUUUGAACGAGAACUGUUUCCCACAAGGACCACUCCCAGCGAUCCUGCCGUGCACCUGAUAUUGAAGUACGCUGUUCUGGCUUCUCUGACGGAAAACUCCACCGUUCUUGCUCGAAUGGCGGAACUAGGAAUGGCCGAACUACGCUUCUUGGAUGCCCAUUGCAUGAAUGGAGCAAGCAUACCAAGGGUUCUUGUGAUCGACGUCCUACGCCAUGCUAUUGAGUUUUCGAUGUUAUCCGAGCAGCAAGAGCUUUUCGUACCUUCGAUUCAUCUUGUUCUGGAUACCGUUUGUGCGCUGAUCAAUUACCAUCAGCAUUUAUCUACGAUCUCAGAAUACGCUGCACGUGACUGUUUCAGUGACAGUGACUCGGACGAUGGAGACGCAGCAGAUGAGGCCAAUUUCGCUUCUUUUGCCCAUCUUAUCGAACAAGAUUGCCCGGGUAAGCUAUCAAAAUGCGACACUUGGCCGGCCCGGAGUGCGCUGUAUACAGGAUUGAUGCCACCAGCGAUCAGCUCUUCGUCAACUCCUGGAAAACAUGAUAUGAACCUUCGCCCGUUGGCGUCGACGCUGCUGGUCAUGCAUGUCGUCGAUUUACUGGAUGUCGUCGUUUUGAUGUCGAAUGAUCGCAUCGACAGCCGAUUAGCUCGACUGGAUCUCGCAGCGUCACUGAUGGAUGUUUUCGAGAAGUUUCCUACCGCCAGCAUUUUACAUUGUAGGCUCGUGAACUUAUACUUGGAUCUUCUGAAUCGGUCGUCUACGAAUGAGCGUUUGAACAAUCCGCUACUGCGGAGUGUGUUUCGCUCACCUGGUUCGAUCUUGGAGUACAUCUUGCACAAGUUGGACGCAAACACUUCGUCUCACGUGUACGACGCCCAUCUAGCGAUCAUUGGAGUAAAGAUCGCAAAGAUUUGCAGCUCGCCCAUGCUGCAGCAGGAAUUUAUUUGCCAGUUCUGCAACAACGUGAAGGGCUGGAAUGAUUUCGCUUCGUCACUUAUCGCUACGCAUUAUCAGCAGAUGGACGCGUUGGAUGAUUCACUGCUUGUUUCACAAAUGGUCAAUUCUGGCGCCCGCAAUGGGGCCUUGAGAGAUAACGCAGAUACAGGUUUUUUGCUUGCUCGUCCGUCUUCCUCUGCCAGUGAGUACCUGUCCAGAGAGCUAGAGCCGUUCCGACGUCUUCCAAUGGAAAAAGAAGGCUUCGGCGCGGCUCACAACGUGGCUCGCGGCAAUGAGACGGUGCAUCCCAGUGAUAUGUUCCAGAGCCGGUCACAGAGCAAAUUCCCAAAAUCAAUAGUUGACAUUUUGCAGUCAGAUGAGUCGACAUCUUUUGAUGUUGAAGAAGACGAUGUUUGUAUCAGCGGGUAUGCUUAUCAAAAGUGCUCGAAAUGGGCCAAGGUGCACCUGAAGUUUGACAAGUCCACAUGUCAACUGAUGGUGCGAGACGUCUCAGCUGCAUCGUCCACGUUGCCGAGCAGACGGGCGUCGGGAGCAACUCCACCGUCGACAACGUCAUUAUUUCAGCAAUUUCUGAUGGCACAGAAACAGGCAUGGAAGUCACGGCCCAAGACGUUAGUGGUGUGCAACGCACGCCAAUGGAUUGCUUUCCGUCGAAACAUUAAGAAACGGGACCAUAGUGCAUUCGGCUUCCAGGUCGAUGUGUUCGACAGUCACCGCGAAGAAGAUGAAACUCUGACGUUUGUGACACGGUCUGAUGCUUCGAGGAUGCGGUGGUUCGAGGUUAUGCAAGCCGCGGUCAUCACGACACGGACGUUGCGCAACAGCUUUUGUGAUACUGACGAGGCUGCCAAUAUGAUGCUGGUUGAGCGCGUAGCAAAGAGUUGUGGUGGGUCGUAUUCGGUCGUGCCGGAUGUCAAUCAAUUGAGGCCGGUGAUUUCGACCAGUUUUUCCCUCAAAUCCGAGGUGCCUGAAGAGAUGCCGUUUUGGGGAGUAUACCAUGGAGACCUGGGUAUCAUCAAAUACGCGUCAUUGUUUAGUCAGUGCCUGGACGUUGUCUCAGUCGACGGGAAGAGUAUCCAAGCAAUUGGUUACUCAGUGAUCGUAGAGUUUGACGCCACAUUUUGUAAAUCCGAAAACAUCGCUUCUUUGGAUGACUCGGAGCCACCUCUGGUCAAUUGUGCUUGUACCGACACGUACUUGAUCAGCGGCAAUCAGAUCAUUGGUCUGACACGCACGAUUGCUGACUCAGAGAAGCUGUUGCAGCUCUUCUGCGACGACGAUUAA